UGUUUAUAUUGUUUUUCUCUCUCUGCAGAAAACGAAGGAAGGAGUGGCGUGGGAUUGGGAACAGCGACAUAGCAGCAACUGCGCACGCAUCGUACGACGCCCAACUUUCUCCCUCGAGUUCUCCACGCCAUUGCAUCUCAUCUCCACCUAUUCGGUAGGGUUUUCUACUCUCCUUCACCGUUUCCUUCAAAAGCAACAACGCUAUGAAGUCAGAGUCACCUGCUAAUUAGUUUAGUUUAUCGCUGUGAAGAGAGAACCUCCUCGAAACUACUUAAUCGCAUUUCUCUUUCGUUUCUUCUCAGCUUAGUAAGCUUAAUAUGUUGUUCCGGAGAGCAAUGUAUGUGUAGUACGAGCUCGUUUUAGGUCAAAGUCUGUGACAUUUCUUCUUGUUUUUGAGGAGAGCCUUGGAUGCCAGAUAGAUUCUCCCACAGCAGAAUUUGGUUGAAGGUUGGGGUCGGGUGGGCCUCUGAGCAAAUAUAGUUUCCUACAUAUUUCAUCUCUGUUGAUCGGGAAGAUAAUAAAAUAUGCAGAAUCCUAAAUCAAGACCCGGUUCGCUUGAAUUGCCUCAGAAACAAUCACCUUCCACGCCUAAUACCGGUCGGAAACUCAGAACUCCGGGAUCGGAUUGUAAGUCUGGUUCAUCUCCAAAUAUGGCAAGCAAAACAUCUAAAGAGAGAAGUCCUAGAGUUGAUCGCCAAUCACCUCGGAGUCCAGCAACUGAGAAGAAACGACUUGGCCGAGUUUCUGAAUUGGGAUCUCAGCUGGCCAAUCUCCAAGAGGAGCUGAAGAGGGCGAAGGACCAGCUGAGCUCAUCUGAAUCAUCGAAGGCUAAGGCUGAGCAGGAAGCAGAAGCUGCUAAAAACGAGCUUGCAUCCAUGUUAGCAAAACUUGAUGAAGCUCAGAAGCAGCUGAAUGAACUUUCAAAUUCCGAGGAAGCUCGAGUUCAGGAACUCCGGAAAAUCUCUCAGGAUCGAGACCGAGCAUGGAAGUCCGAGCUGGAGGCUGUCCAAAAUCAGCAUUCGAUGGAUUCGGCUGCCUUAGCUUCGGCUCUGAGUGAAAUACAGAGGUUAAAGAUUCAACUGGACAAAAUUUCCGAAUCGGAAGCUUCUCAGGCGCAGCAGGUUGAAAUGGCUCGAGCUGAGAUUGAGAGCAUGAGGCUCAAAAUUACCGAGAUGAAUGAGUUGAUAGGGAAUCUGAAGAUUCAGUUGAACGACAGCCGGGAAUCCGAGGGUCGCCUCCUUGAAGAACUCAGUCGAGUGCAAAUUCAAGUCGGCGUUGUGAAGACUGCCGAGGAGGCUUUACUGUCGGAACAUGCUAGAGCAAUCAAAUCGUAUCAAUCUGUGGUUUUGGAGUUAGAGCAGUCGAAGACGAAAGUGAAUUCGUUGGAAGAACUUGUCCGCGACCUUCGGGCAGAUCUUGCCGAUAAUGAGAAAUCUGAUCCGUCGAAAAUUGAGCUCGAUAAAUUGAGACUUGAAGUAUCUCAAUUGAAGGAUGCACUCGAGGAUGCCGAAAAAAGGCGCCGCGACGAAACUCUUCAGGGUGAUUUGCAGAUUAGAAACGCUUAUGAACUGGUGGAGCGUGCCAAGAUCGAGUCCUGUGAAAGAGAAGCUGACUUGGCGGCGAAGUUGAAAGAGUCUCGGGAUGAAGUUGAGGAGCUGAAAACGGCGUUGAUUCAAAAAGAAGACGCAAUACAGAUCAUUUCACGCGAGAAUGCGCAGAUUCGGGAGGCAGAACAAAACAAGAUUUCUGAGCUAAAGAACACUGAAUCCGUUCUACAAGAUCUGAAAACGAGUUUACUCGACAAAGAGAUGCGGCUGCAAAGCGUCACCGACGAAAACGAGAUUCUGAAAUCCGAAAUCGCCGUCGAGAGAAACGACGAGGCCCUUGAAGCUGCCAGAGCUGCAGAACAGGAUGCUUUGAAGAAGAUUACAUAUCUAACGGAGGAAGCCGAGAAAAGCUCGAAAAAAGCUGCGUGUUUCGCCGAACAGCUCGAUGCGACGCAGGCGGCGAACGCCGAGAUUGAAGCUGAACUACGGAAACUAAAGGUGCAAUCGGAUCAAUGGAGAAAGGCUGCCGAGGCAGCUGCGACGAUGCUGUCCACCGCAGGGAACAACGGGAAGGUGUCUGAAAGAUCGAGACAGGUGGAUCGCUUCAACACAAUUGGCGGUAAGCUCGGGUCGCCGUACUUGGAAGACGUCGUCGACGACGAAGAUUCGCCCAAGAAGAAGAACGGCAGCAUGCUGAAGAAGAUCGGCGUGCUUUUGAAGAAAAGCCAGAAAUGAACACAGCUUGUUUGUUCAGGUGGGAAGUGAUAUAUGGCGGGAAAAUUGGUGCAAGAGAAUUGACUCUGGGUGGUAACGUUGUGUAGAUUACCAUUUAUGAAUCAUUGUCCUUGCAAUUUGGUGUUAUUAUAUUUAAUGGUUUUUGGUCUUGUCUCGUUUGGAACCAUUCUCUUGUGGCGACAGUUGUUUUACUUUGGUUUACAGUUUGUGUAUUUGGACUAAGAGUCGAUGAUGCCAUUUAUUGUACCUGCCCUGCUUGUUAUUGUUAUCUAUGUUAUGUUGGGCCUGUUUGUGGGCUAUGCUUAUAUGGGCUUGGGUUGUUUUAUAUUUUUUUUAAUAUAUUAGUUUGUCAUUUUUUUUAAAAAAAAUAUUUUUUUUAAUUAUAAUUUUUUAGUUUUAAUUAUUUGCUAAAAUAACACACUUUUUUUUUCGUUUUGCCCCGGUUCGAUGCCGUUUCGGUUGAUAGAGAACCGGUAAUUCGAACCGCCGGGUCGGAACUAGUAUAUAUAUAUCAAUGUAUAGAUAGGUCUGGAGGAGGGCAGGGGUGCGGAUCUGUUCCACUUCGGAUUAGGGUCUUGUUCCGCUGCGUGCCGUUGGUUCUUCGGUCGAGCGUCUUUUUCCAUGGUUAAACGCACCAUGGCACAGUGUCCGAAGUGAAGAGAAGUUAUCUGGAUGGAGAUUUGUGCAAAAUUUCAGAAUACGACGGGACGACGAUAAAAAGAAAGGGCUGCCGGAGUGAGCGUGGGUCUUUGAAAUCAAAUAACUGAUUUGGGUUCGUCAAGUUCAUUUCGGCGAUUGUGGAU